UAAAGCUCAGUGGAGGUGCGUCGCUUGAUAUAUUCACAUCGUGUGAUCAAAUAUUCCAAAUAAUAAAAAGAAUGCAACGUUGGGCAGGAAAGAUAGCCGUCGUGACCGGUUCCAGCUCGGGAAUCGGUGCGGCCAUAGUCAAAGAUUUGGCAAAGGCCGGAAUGGUGGUUGUUGGUUUGGCACGACGCGUCGAGCGCACGGAAGCGCUGAAAAACGAUUUACCGGAGGUGGCGAAAAAUCGACUUCAUGCGCUUAAAUGUGACAUUUCCAAGGAAGAUGAUGUACUGAAGACGUUUAAAUUGGUUGAAGAGAAGUUCGGAGGCGUUGAUGUGCUGAUCAACAACGCCGGCAUAGUUCGGCAAACAGAUUUAUUGGAAACUGAUAACACGCAAAAGCUACGCGACGUGUUGGACACGAACGUGAUGGGGUUGGUGUUGGGCAGUCGAGAGGCAUAUCAAUCCAUGAAGAAACGCUCGGUUGAUGGUCACAUUGUGCACAUUAACAGCGUUGCUGGUCAUAAAGUUCUUGACUAUCCCAAGUUGAAUAUCUAUUGUGCCUCGAAGCACGCAGUUACAGCUAUCACAGAAACGAUGAGGAAUGAAUUGAGGAACGCCGGUACCAAGAUCAAGGUCACGAGCAUCAGUCCAGGAGGUGUUCGUACCGAAAUCGGCGGCGAUGCGGAAAUCCCGGCGGAAUGGCCCAUUCUAGAAGCUGAGGACAUUUCGGAGGCAGUUCUUUAUGUGCUUGGAACCCCUCCACGAGUGCAAGUUCAUGAAUUGCUUAUCAAACCGGUUGGCGAAGUAUUCUGAGUCGCUUCUGAUUUCUGCUAUAAAUAAUUGUAAUUAAUAUAACGAUUCCAAAUAAAUAUAAAAAUUGAAACAUGAAAGUUAAUAAAAACAUA